UUUCGCAGUAUUUCAAUAUGGCCGAGAAUGAUCAAAUAAUGGCUAAUACACCUCUUACGCCAGUGGAAGACGAACCAGAACCAGAACCGACCUCUCCCGUAGUCGAAUAUUCACCCGCAUCAGUAGCCUACAACGAAGCCUUCGAGAAUUCCUUGAUGCAUGCUAUCCUCUACGAAUCUGAAUUGGCACCUCGGACGCCUCUGCCUUCGACCCCCGUGAUCAACCCGACGUCCCUCCCUAUUCCGCUGUCGUCACCUCUCCGUACUCAUCCCUCCUCAAUUCCCGGUGUUCUCCUUACGCACCCAAAAGGCUAUUACACCGGCGGGCCCGGGCCGAACCCAUCUACGGUCACAGAGUUUGCUAGAAAAUUUAUUGCUGAAUACGGGAUCGAAGACGCCGGUCAACUGGAACGGGUCGUGGAAGAGAAGAUGAAGGAAAAGAUGGAAGAAGUACGAGAAAGAAUGAGGGAUAGAGAAGAGGCGGUCAACAAGAAUCGAAGUGUCGAGCGUGAGUUGGAGAACCUGAAGAUGCAAAGGGCUGCGGAAUUGAGGGUCGCAGAGAAGAUCAAAGGUGGAAACAAGAAGUGA